AUGUGCAGUCUGUUAACGUAACGCUUUAACAAUACGCCAAUGCACUGAGCAAAUGAUACAUUUUGCAAUACUGCUGAAAGACGCAUGUUGUUUGUACGUGAAUAUUUGUGGGUUCUUUAAAUAUUUCAGGUGAUUACUAUUAAUAAUUUUCCGAGGCUAAAAGAAUGUGAUCACGGCACCUUAACGUUGAGAGUGGCCCAAUAUUGCUUUUAUUCUGCAGCAGUGCGUCACGUCACACGCAAGGUGCGGCAGUGCCCAGCGCGAGCCAGUUACGAUUUGGGUUUGGCCCUAAUCUGGAUAAACCUAUCAACAACCUCAAUGAUCUUGUAGAUCAGAAGCAGCGGGAUGACUAAAACGCCCGAUACCCCGGCACCCUGCGCGGGUAUGGGUGAUGUCCACCACAGCCAUCCUGAGGAGCAGCUCUCCAGACGCGCUCGCGUUGCUGUGCCUGAACUGAUUGUUACCUGCGAGCCGUGUGUCACCGAGUGUGACCACAUCCCCCGCGGACCCUGCUCGGGCUCUCAUCACCCCGACGAGGAGUCCAUAUGCUCGGACAGCGGGCUCAGCGGCUCCCCCGCCUCGUCCCUGGCGCUGAGAAAACUGUCCAGCUCGUCCUCAACCGGCCUCUCGCCAGCUUCUUCUUUUGAGGAAUGCGAAGAAGAUUUAAUGGUUUACGGAGACUAUAAUCAGUCUUCAGGUGAACCGCUCACGACUGAUCUGUGGAAGAAGUCAAAGAAUAUGGUGAACUGGUCUCCACUUCCAGUGACGGUGAAAAAGCGCUCUCCCUGGGUGCAGGUGGUCGGCCAUGCAGGAAACUUUCAGACGGGCAGUGAUGGAAGGCUGCUGAAGAAGUACUGCGAGUGUGAGAAGCAGUGUUUUCUGCAGCUCAUGAGCGACUCACUGCGGCCCUUCAUUCCUGGAUACUAUGGCGUGACUCAGUGUGAAGAGCAGGAUUACAACCUCAUGGACGACCUCCUCGCUGACUUUGACUCGCCCUGCAUCAUGGACUGCAAAAUGGGGAGCCGGACUUACCUGGAGGAAGAGUUGAGGAAGGCCUGCGAGUGUCCUCAGCCACGCAAAGACAUGUAUGAAAAAAUGAUAGCAGUGGACCCGGACGCCCCUACUGAGGAGGAGCGGGCCCAGCAAGCGGUACUCAAAACCAGAUACAUGCAGUGGAGAGAAACCCUCAGCUCAACAGCCACGCUGGGCUUUCGCAUAGAGGGCAUCAAGAAAUCAGAUGGCACUUGUAAUACUAACUUCAAGAGAACAAAGUACAAAGAUGAGGUCGUCCAAGCCCUGGAGGACUUUGUGGACAACAACAUGUUAAUCUUGAAAAGUUACCAACAACGCCUGAAGGAACUUCGAGAUGUGCUGGAAAAAUCAGAUUUCUUUAAAGCACACGAGGUGGUGGGCAGCUCCUUAUUAUUUAUCCAUGAUCUGACUGGCAAGGCUGGAAUCUGGAUGAUUGACUUUGGAAAGACUGUGCCUAUGCCGCCCCCUCUUACCCUGGACCAUCGCAGCCCGUGGGUGGAGGGCAACAGAGAGGACGGGUACCUCUGGGGCCUGGACAAUUUUAUUGACAUUCUGACCAACAUUCUUCCGGGGAAAUGAAAGGCAUUGUGGAUCUUCAGAAUUGUCAUUUUCUGCACAGACUGUCUGAUUUCCCUUUUUUUGUUUCUACAUGGAGAAUAGAUGAAGGUAGGAGAGGAUGAACUGAUGGAAUGGACUGACUGGCCUCAACAUUUACUACAAGUCCUACUGAUGAACAUCUAAGCCUGUGAAUUUACUUGCUGAAGCCCCUCGCUAUGUUGUUGUUCUCACUACUUUUGAAAAGCUGCAUGUAUUUUUACACUGUAAAUAGAUUUUUAUUUAAGCAGUUUGCUCUUAGGGGUUGAUUAGUAAAAGAUUAGCUUCGUUUCAUGAACAUUAACCCUGCAGAUGAAAAUCAUUACAGUCGUUUUUUUUUACAUAUGUUACGCCAUGCUUUUGAAUACUAAUGAAAAUCUGGAACUUUGUAGUCUGUUUGUGAUGGUUGCCAGAUAUUUUUCCUGCGUUUUACUUCUUUUUUGUGACCAAACGUGUUUGGGGAUGAACUGAAUUGAAGUGCACACUAUUAACAGUCCCAUAAACUGAAGCUGAAUCGAAUCACAGAACAACAAAAACCUCUUGCACCUUUCUUAGUACUGUUUUAAUAACAUUGCAUAGCUCCUAAUAUAAGAAAAAUUUGUCUUAAUCACGCACUAUUUUAAUUCACAUUAAACACUGUUUGUUAAACUGUUACGCCUCACAUUCCCAUGUUGUGUGGUUUUUGCAUGCAAACAUGAGCUGCUAAACAGCCCCUCUUAAUAGCAAAUAUAUGCCAAUUUGACUGAGAAUGGUGUGUGGGAUAUUUGAGCCAGUGCUCCUUAUGCACAAAUUCAGUGUUUGCACUGUUAAUUUGAAAUCGCCUUAUUGAGGUUUUGUACUGUAUAAUAAGUAAACGACUUGUGAUCAUUAUGUUGGGAGCUUUGUUGUCCUGGCUGUUUUAGUUUUGCAGUUCUGGGUUCUGUGAU